AUGUACAAAAUGGACGGAGAUAAGAAAAAAGUGUGCACAAAGAAAGCCGUGGGGUCAGAGAGCGUCGAGGAGCAGAGUCCAGAAGCAGCAGGAGGAGCAGAGUCCAGACGCAGCAGGAGGAGCAGAGUCCAGACGCAGCAGGAGGAGCAGAGUCCAGACGCAGCAGGAGGAGCAGAGUCCAGAAGCAGCAGGAGGAGCAGAGUCCAGAAGCAGCAGGAGGAGCAGAGUCCAGACGCAGCAGGAGGAGCAGAGUCCAGAAGCAGCAGGAGGAGCAGAGUCCAGAAGCAGCAGGAGGAGCAGAGUCCAGAAGCAGCAGGAGGAGCAGAGUCCAGACGCAGCAGGAGGAGCAGAGUCCAGACGCAGCAGCAGGAGGAGCAGAGUCCAGAAGCAGCAGGAGGAGCAGAGUCCAGAAGCAGCAGAAGGAGCAGAGUCCAGAAGCAGCAGGAGGAGCAGAGUCCAGAAGCAGCAGGAGGAGCAGAGUCCAGACGCAGCAGGAGGAGCAGAGUCCAGAAGCAGCAGGAGGAGCAGAGUCCAGAAGCAGCAGGAGGAGCAGAGUCCAGAAGCAGCAGGAGGAGCAGAGUCCAGACGCAGCAGGAGGAGCAGAGUCCAGAAGCAGCAGGAGGAGCAGAGUCCAGAAGCAGCAGGAGGAGCAGAGUCCAGAAGCAGCAGGAGGAGCAGAGUCCAGACGCAGCAGGAGGAGCAGAGUCCAGACGCAGCAGGAGGAGCAGAGUCCAGAAGCAGCAGGAGGAGCAGAGUCCAGAAGCAGCAGAAGGAGCAGAGUCCAGAAGCAGCAGGAGGAGCAGAGUCCAGAAGCAGCAGGAGGAGCAGAGUCCAGACGCAGCAGGAGGAGCAGAGUCCAGAAGCAGCAGGAGGAGCAGAGUCCAGAAGCAGCAGGAGGAGCAGAGUCCAGAAGCAGCAGGAGGAGCAGAGUCCAGAAGCAGCAGAAGGAGCAGAGUCCAGAAGCAGCAGGAGGAGCAGAGUCCAGAAGCAGCAGGAGGAGCAGAGUCCAGACGCAGCAGGAGGAGCAGAGUCCAGAAGCAGCAGGAGGAGCAGAGUCCAGAAGCAGCAGGAGGAGCAGAGUCCAGAAGCAGCAGGAGGAGCAGAGUCCAGACGCAGCAGGAGGAGCAGAGUCCAGAAGCAGCAGGAGGAGCAGAGUCCAGACGCAGCAGGAGGAGCAGAGUCCAGAAGCAGCAGGAGGAGCAGAGUCCAGAAGCAGCAGGAGGAGCAGAGUCCAGAGCAGGAGGAGCAGAGUCCAGAAGCAGCAGGAGAAACCAGACGGAGAUGUGUGAGGAGGUCUACUGUGGUCCCAGGGCUGCUCCGAGAGAGAAAUGA